GCGAGUUCGUGAUCGAAGCGGGAUCCUCUGCAUUUGCAAGUCUAGCUGCCUCUUUUCUCCUCGGCCGAAGUAAAGUCCUUACCGCGUGGUACUUGCGGUUCCACUGUCCGUAGGCGGCAUAGGCGCCAAGCGUUCGCAAGCGGCGGCCAACUAGGAUAGUGGUAGUUAUUUGCAACUUCGCACGCCUGUCUCUGGAGAGAAUGAUUUUAUAGAACAGAAUGACUUCAGAGUAGAAGCUGAGCUGAAAUAGAUCAGAAUGAGUUAUGCAGAAAAACCCGAUGAAAUCACGAAAGAUGAGUGGAUGGAAAAACUCAAUAACUUACAUGUGCAGCGAGCAGACAUGAAUCGGCUCAUCAUGAACUACCUAGUCACAGAGGGCUUUAAGGAAGCAGCAGAGAAAUUUCGGAUGGAAUCUGGGAUUGAACCUAGUGUGGACUUAGAGACACUUGAUGAACGAAUCAAAAUUCGUGAGAUGAUACUGAAAGGCCAGAUCCAGGAAGCAAUUGCUUUGAUCAACAGCCUCCAUCCAGAACUUCUGGACACAAACCGCUAUCUUUAUUUCCACCUGCAACAACAGCACUUGAUUGAGCUGAUCCGCCAGCGGGAGACAGAGGCAGCUCUGGAGUUUGCCCAGACACAGCUGGCAGAGCAAGGCGAGGAGAGCAGGGAGUGCCUGACCGAGAUGGAACGCACACUGGCUCUGCUGGCCUUUGAUAAUCCUGAAGAAUCACCCUUUGGAGACCUCCUUAAUAUGAUGCAGAGGCAAAAGGUGUGGAGUGAAGUUAACCAAGCUGUACUAGAUUAUGAAAAUCGUGAAUCAACACCCAAGCUUGCGAAAUUACUGAAACUACUCCUUUGGGCUCAAAAUGAGCUGGACCAGAAGAAAGUGAAAUAUCCCAAAAUGACAGACCUCAGCAGAGGUGUGAUCGAGGAGCCCAAGUAGGGUACGUGCACGUGGACCCCGUGGCACUGCGCAGCUCAGGAGUGUCCAUCUGACCUAAAGAUUUGUUGUACUGCAGUAGAAAGCUCUUUCCCCCUUUCCUUUCUUUUGACCUGGCAUCUACUUUAGAGGGGAAAAAAUGGCCCUGCUAAGUGCUGGAAAACUUGCAGUGAAGACACAAUCUCUUUGGAAGUCUGAUGUGGACUCACCAGCCCCUUUUGAAAGAAGUGCCCACUCCUCGAGCAUGGGGGUUUGGCUGCCGGAGAACUUGGUUUGCCGCUGAGAGCUGGCUCCUAGGGAGUACCUCCCAAGAAGCGCUGAGCAUCGCCUUUCUUUCAGUUACCAUCUAGCAGACAGCACCUGAUCUCCUAUAUUGUUGGGUCUUCAUGUGGAAGUUGUUCCUUACUCCUUGGGUUUUCUGUUUCUUCCCUCCAUAGGAAAGACUAUAAAAAUUUGUAAAUCCUAAUUCAAAGACUGUAAAGAUACUGAGUUUGCUUUAUUCCUUUUCAGUCUAGGUUGUGUGGCCUUUGGGGAGGUGUGUGUGUGUGAGUCAGGGGCAGGGUUAUGUGCUUUUUAAUUUUUUAAUAUAUAUUUUGGUGCUGUGUGUAUGUGGUGAGAGACUCCCAGUGGAUCGAUGAACCAUUUCUUCUAGGCUAUUUUGUUGAAAAUAAAGAUUUCUCUCUGAUUUCAAUAAUGACCAAAAUGGCCUAUAAAAAGCUUUACUCAUCUCAAACAAA